CAGCCCUACCUUAGUAACACAGAAACAUCGUGUGAAAUACUUUUGUUUAAUUAUUUCGCUAAAUUUAUUUAUUUUUUAUAUUUGGAUAUUUAAUUCAUUUUUCUAAAAGGAAUAUGGUAUAAAUUUGUAGAAUACUAUGGCAUUUUUAUGUCCUGUGAGGAUAAGAAGGGGAAAAAAGAAGAAAUCAAGCAGCGGUGACUCGGACAAGGAACUUUCUAGACCAGGAUCUGGCUUAAGUCCUGGCAUGGGCCGCAUUACAGGCUCUGCUAGUAUAGAGACAUUAGUGAGAGUUGGUAUAGAAAAAGAACAUGGACUCAGCCCUGACUCUAAGAUGGUGGUGCUACACGAUUUUGCGCCUUGUGUUGAUGAUGAACUUGAGGUGAAAAGAGGACAAAUUGUCAAUGUGCUGUAUAGAGAAAAUGAUUGGGUAUAUGUGAUAGUAACUGAAUCUCGAAGAGAAGGCUUCAUUCCACAUUCAUAUUGUGCACCCUGUGAUCAUCACGAUUUGAAGAAAAAACUGCCUCGAAGUCGUUCACCAACUGACUUGGCACAUAGAGAUGUUUCACAGCUCUCUUUAUCUGAUGGUGCAACAAAUGAUGGUCACUCGGAACUUGGCAGUGAAGGUGAAGCAUGCCCCUUCAGCAAGGAUCCAUCCGGUCGUUAUGUAGUGCUUUACACAUUCACUGCAAGAGAUGAGAAUGAUGUAGAUGUUGAAAGAGGAGAAUUUGUUACAGUCUUAAACAGAGAAGACCCAGACUGGUAUUGGAUAGUCAGAAGUGACGGUCAAGAAGGUUUCAUUCCCUCCGGCUUUGUGUAUCCUGCUGUUGUACAACCACCACAACAAGAUACAACACAGGGACUCCACUCACCUCCAACGACAAAUUCCAAUAACACAUUGAUAUCGAACAACAAUAACAGUAUCAACAAUUCUACACAACAAGACAAUGACGGAAGGUAUCACGGAACCGAAUUAGUCAUGCUCUAUGAUUACAAGGCACAAGCUCCAGAUGAUUUAUCAGUAAAAAGAGGCGAAUGGGUGUACGCAGACCUGACUCAACAAACCGUCGAGGGCUGGCUGUGGGCCCACGCGCCCAAAUCGCGGCGCUCGGGAUUCAUCCCCACCGCCUACGCGCGCGCGCCGCACACCACAGCGCUAUAGCGUGCCAUCCGCCCCCCCCCCCCCCACACACACACGCAGUGGAGUUUGUAUGUUUGAAAGAGAUAUAACAAUGUACCAUACAUUUUGAUUAUUCUUUUCACAUAAAAUAGCCCGUUUAUUAAAGAUUUUUAAAAUAUGUUACUUCAACUUUAAGAAGCAGAGCUGUAACCAUAAAUGUCAAUGAAUCUUGCAAACUGUACAGAGCUGCCUUUUUUAGUCACAAUCGAACUAAUUAAGCAAGUCAUAUAAUAAUUUUUUUUAUAUUGUUUCUGUAUAUGUAUAAUGUAUUUUAAUGAUUAAUAGGUCAUUAUUUCUAAGGGUCUGUUUACAUUGUUGCGAGAAAGGGACGGGAAGCUAAUUUAUACGUUCUUUGUCGUGCCCAGGCUUCUAGGGAGUGUCUAGAAAGCCCGAAAAAUAAAUUGGUAAAAAGUUUUGCUUGUUUGGGUGAAAAUAAAAUAUAUUCAUAUUUUUGGAUUUAAUUAUUCAAAUCAUUUUAUUUUGGUUGAGUACUAGCUUUCUCAGAUGGAUCCGUGCCUGUCCCAAUGGCGUUACGUGGCCUUGCCCCCAUAUUGAAGUAAAGUUCAAAAUAUUAUGCAUGUUUCUAUACAGAAUCUAUUUACUUCCCCGGUCUGCUACGACACUGAAAAAACCUUAAAAGUUACAAGUAAAAAUUAUUUAAAAAAUUUGACAUUUUAAUAAAUUAAAUAAGGAAAUUGGU